AUGCCUUGUGUAGUUCUUGCUUUUGACCGACCCGCCUCCCAUAAGGCCCCUGGGCGAAUGCCAGGACCGCACUACAGACUGUUUCAGCCCGACGUCACCAAGCCCCGUGGCGCGACGAAGGUUGCACCAAAGCCAGACGAAGUGCUUGUAGCUGUAGGUCUUGUGUGUGCGUUAGGAACCGGGAGCAGUGUGGGGAGUGAGGCAGCACUGAUGGCGAAGGAGAGCCGGUUGGACGGGGGUGGCCAGGGGGGGGGGGGGCGGUGGAUGCCCUGGACACAGCAGCGAAGAGAACGACACAACAGCUUCCAUAGGACUCAAAACACCGGUAUAUAUAAACGGGUGCACACCAGCCCCCAAACGGACGGCUGUGUGCUCUUGGAAGAGGACGGGCACGGAGGACCCGUGGAUACAAGUGAGAAGGGGGGGGGGGGGGAGCCCACGGGGGGGAAUAAUACCGAGUGA